AUGAUAGAAGCAUUUCCCAGUAAUGGUGAACGUGAAGCUGCUUCUGCUCUUCUCCUUCUCUCAGCCAUAUCUCCAUCUCCUCUUCCAAAAAGCAAUAGUAUAAUUGAGAUUUCACACAAGGUAGCUCUGGGUAAUUCGAAUUCAGCUAUGGAUUCGGAUUCGAAUUCGAAUUCGAAUUCGAAAAGCAAAUCCUCAGCUUCCUCGAUUUUGACCUCUGUUAAUUGCUCGUUCACGGAGGCUAGAUCACAAUCUCGUCGCAUGAAGAUGAUUGCCGCGUUUCAUGAGCAGAUAGUGAAGCUUAAGGUGACGAUUUCAUAUCUUCAGUUUUUCGCUGCUAUUGUUGUUAGACAACAACGAUCAAAGAGCUUCUUCAUUUCCGAUUGCCGGCAAAUGAGCUCAGGCAAGCCAGCCAAGACGACCACUUCUCGGACAACGUUUUGUAGGUCCACUAUGGUUUCGGCUUCAGCUUCAUCUUCAUCUUGUGUGUCCACUGACUCUGUCUUCAGUGGCAUUACCAGCGCGCAAAGUCUCGCGGCUGAUAGAGUGAUUCGCGGGAAGAGAAACAGUCAGUUGACUAAGGAGUUGAACCCGAACGCACCACCUUCCCUGCGCCGCCGAGCGGAAGCCAUCUUGAGGGUGUUGUCUCAUGGUUCCAUUUCUGAAAUUAAGAUUCGCCAGCUGAUAGGCAAUAGCCCUGACACCAGCAAAGCCUUAAGAAUGUUGCUGAGGCAAGGAAAGGUGAAGAGAUCAGGAGCAGGGGGUUCCUCAGAUCCCUAUACUUACGUGGUUAAUUUAGCAAAUUUGUACCACGCAGUCUUCCUCUGUCUCAAUUUAUAUGAUUUCAUUUUAAGAUGUCUCAAAGUACUUAAAUCUCUUCACUAA